CGCUGGUGGACGAGCUGGAACAUGUGACCUCGGAGCUUCAGGCCAUAGAGACUCAGAUCCAGGAUCUGCUGGAGAGACAACAGGAGCUGAUCCAGAGCAAGCGGGUGCUGAAGAAGAAGAUUCAGAGUCUGUCCGAGGAUGCGGAGGCCGGGACCAGCGCAGAGUCCUCUGCUGAGAACUGGAGACGUCAAGAUUUUUCGUGGUCCCGGAAGGUGCAGGAGGAGCUGAAGACGUCCUUCCAUCUUGACUCCUUCAGGAACCUACAGCUGGAGACCAUCAACGCCACCAUGGCCGCCAAAGACGUUUUCCUUAUAAUGCCGACGGGCGGUGGGAAGAGUCUGUGUUACCAGUUACCGGCGGUGUGCUCUACAGGAUUCACCCUGGUGAUCUGUCCCCUGUUGUCCCUCAUGGAGGAUCAGCUCAUGGUUCUGGAGCGCCUGGGGGUAUCCGCCACCUCCCUGAAUGCCGCGAGCAGUAAGGAUCAUGUGAAGUGGGUGCAUGGACAGAUGAUUGACAGGGACUCCCGGCUGAAGUUGAUCUACGUCACCCCGGAGAAGAUCGCCAAGAGUAAGCUGUUCAUGUCGCGGCUGGAGAAGGCGUAUCAGGCUGGGCGGCUGGCGCGGCUCGCCAUUGAUGAGGUUCAUUGCUGCAGCCAAUGGGGGCACGACUUUAGACCUGACUACAAGACCCUGGGCAUCCUGAAGCGUCAGUUCCCCAACGCCCCGCUGAUCGGGCUGACCGCUACCGCCACCAGCCCCGUCCUGAAGGAUGCCCAGAAGAUCCUGUGUGUGCAGAGACCUCUGACCUUCACCGCGUCCUUCAACAGACCCAACCUGUUCUAUGAGGUUCGGCCGAAGCCGUCGUCCUCCAGUGACUUCAUAGAGGACGUGGUAAAGCUGAUAAAUGACCGAUAUAAGGGCCAGUCAGGAAUCGUCUACUGCUUCUCCCAGAAGGACUCUGAACAAGUCACCAUGAGUCUGCAGAAGCUGGGCGUCCGGGCCGGGACCUACCACGCCAACAUGGAGGCCCGCGACAAGAGCAAGGUGCACACGCUGUGGACGGAGAACAAGAUCCAGGUUGUCGUGGCAACUGUGGCAUUCGGUAUGGGGAUUGAUAAACCUGAUGUGCGGUUCGUAAUUCAUCACACGAUGAGCAAAUCCAUGGAAAACUAUUACCAGGAGAGCGGACGGGCAGGCCGGGAUGAUCAGCGUGCGGACUGUAUCCUGUACUCGGGGUUCGGUGACAUCUUCCGGAUCAGCUCUAUGGUGGUGAUGGAGAACGUGGGGCAGCAGAAGCUGUAUGAGAUGGUCGGAUACUGCCAGGAGCUGCGGAGGUGCAGACGCGUCCUCAUCGCGAAGCAUUUUGAUGAAGUUUGGGAUUCGGCGCAGUGUAACCAGAUGUGCGAUAACUGCAGCAGCCAUAAGGACUGUGAAGAGGCGGAUGUUGGGGAUUACGCCAGAGACGUCGUGAAGAUCCUGCGGCACGCCGAGCAGAUGGACGAGAAGCUGACGCCGCUGAAACUGCUGGACGCCUGGAGCGGGAAAGGAGUCGCCAAACUGCGCGUCACCCAAAUCCUUCCCCCAAAACUGCCCCGCGACCAACUGGAGAGGAUCAUCACCCACCUGCUGCUCCAGCACUACAUCAGGGAAGAUUUUAGCUUCACAGCGUACGCCACCAUCUCCUACCUCAAAGAGGGGCCCAAAGCAAGCGCCCUGCGGGGCCCCGAACAUCCCAUCCCCCUCCACAUGAGACGAGCGGGAAACAACACAACCAAGAUUCGCUUCCCUCGUCCAUCUACAUCUCAGAAGAAAACUCCAGGAAGUUCCUCAGAGUCUGGAGACAAGCGGCGUCUUCCUUCGCAGAACAGCCCUCGGACCAAGAAGAUCCGCAGCAGCUCCCCUGACCCCGCCAUAGUCAUCGACUGACCCCAGAUGUGACCUCAUCCCUGUGCUGUGACCCCUGGAGAUGAUGAGGGUUAUACACAUCCGCCUACACUGAUCCUGAUCCCUGUACAGAACCUCCCUCCCCACCAAUGGUCUGAUCUCUAUAUAUGGGCUGCACUGUAUAUUAGGGUGGUCACUGUAAAUCCGUUUUCUACAGUAAAUUACGCUGAUAAACAAAACAGUUACUUUGGAGUGAAUUUAACCCCUUAGAGU